AUGAAGGAAAAGGGAAGUGAGAAAAUCCACCUCCAGUGACAGGUGAUUCAUCGUCACAAGGGCCUGCCACAAGAGAUCCACGAGUCCAUCCAGUUACUUCUGUCCCCCACUGAUCAGUCAACUCUGUCCUAGAGCAGCGCAGCCCUAGCCACAAUGCAUGAUUCCCAACCUACAGCCCUGAAGGCCACUGGAGCCAGUGACCCAUUCUCACCCAUCACAGACCCAGUGUCAAUCCCCAUGCCAUACUUGUUUGACCAGGCCAAGGCAAUAUUGCAGGGCCACAUCAACUCCAAAUGUGGGCAGAUUCACCAUGACAAGGUCCUUGCUUGUGUACAUAGCUCUUGGCAGUGCAUAAUUCGGGGCCUGCAAGUGGCUCCCUUCACUUGCAUCCCAGAAAACAAGCCCUUGGAGCUACAGGUAGCAACUGACCCUGCCCUACAGCAGAAAGCUAUGCCCUGGAUACCAAUGGCCCUUGACCAACAGCAACAAGCCUCACCAGAUGCUGUCACUGAACACCCUAAGCUGCCCCAAGCCCUGUCCGAGGGAGCCAUUGAGAAACUAGAGACAACAUUGCGGCACAAGUACCUGGCCUUCUUGUCAGGGCUGCCAGCUCUUUUUUAUGUAGCUCUCUCUAGGGCCAUGGCACCAGCAAUCUCUACCCAAGCUGUAAUCACAGGAAUGGUGCCUGGACCUGGUGAAUUCCCAACUGAACCUCUGACUCAGAUGAUCUCAUCUGAAGAGCAGUCUCUGAGUCCUGGGCCAAGCUUUCAAGAUGCCAAUGAGACUUGUGCAGACAUUGAAGAUGAGCUCCAGGUUGAAGAGCUGGUGGGAGAAAUGAUCAAGAUGGUGCCUUUAGAAAGCCAGGCAGAGACCUCUGGGCCCUACACACUCAAGAAACCCAUCUUAGCCAAACUAAAUUUCCAUCUAAGAAAGAAGAUCCUAGAGAUACAACUGGGAAUUCCCAUAAAGGCAAGGCUGUCCAGAGAACAAACAGUAGCAAACUCAGGCAACACAUCCACACAGGAUUCUCUAGAGAGUCUAGAGAACCUAGGAAAAACAUUGCUCCAGGAUCUCCCCAUCCCACUAGACACUCCUCGUGUCCCAGAUCCAGAAUGGCUCCACCUUAAAGAACAGCUGGCCCUUGAGUUAAAGGCAGUGCAGCAGAACCAGAAGCAACCUAGUUCAAGAGCAGUAUCUCAUGGUUCUGCCCACUGGGCCUCUAAGAUAUCACAACCCAGUGGGGACAUGACAGAGGCCCAGGUGCUUUGUGUUCAGUUGGAGGCCAAUGUGAACAGCCCCAGCCUGGAGGAGCCCUGGAGUCCUGAGUCCCAAAGCCCUGGCCACAGCAAGGACUCAGCCCAAGUCCCCAUGCUGGCAGAAAAGAGAGAGGACCCAGGGAAACCCAAAUUGGCAGGGGACCAUGGAGAAGGAGAUGCAGGGUUUGCACACUCCUCCACAAGAGACAUAAGCCACCCUGAUGAAGCCCAGAGGCCAGAAGGGAUGCUUCUGAACAGGACACCUCACAGCCCCUGGCGACGGAGCCGUAGCUUUCAUCUUGAUGCUCCCUGUGAACACAGUACGCGACAUCACCCUCAGAUUAAGCUUUCAGAGCCACCUCCAGGAAUCCCUGGGGUGAAGGUAUCUGAGAAGAAUGACCUGCACAGCAGUCAAACCAAGCUUAAUGUAUUCCUCAAACCAGCAAGGAUUCCUAAGAAUGCCCAGCCUGUGGUGCCCCAGGCAUCACAGGGUCAGCUUUUCCUGGGCCAACUCAUUCAGGGUAAGCCUUUGCAGGGCCAAACUUUGAAAGGUCAGGUUUUGCAGGGACAGGUGAUGCCGGUCCACACUCACAAGAGGCCCAGCCUUCCAGAAUCAGGCUUGAGAAGUAAGAUGAAAUCCUUUCUGCACUGUUUUAACUCCAAGGCAAAAGGCAAAGUGCAGGAAGAACCCAUGUUCUCCACAGCUGGGAAAGUGGCCAACACCAGAAAAGAAAAUGCAGAAAGGGGCCUGGCUCCAGCCAAAAGUUCCAUGGGGCGAACCAAGACAGAGAGGACAAGAGGGGACUCCAAGGCCCAAUCUUCCCCCACUGAGAAGCAGGAGGGCCUGACCUUCUUGGAUGGUCCCCAUUCCCCUGACAGUAAGCUCCGGCACCGCUCCCGCUCUCACCAACUCCAUUCUGCCUCAGUCCUGGGCCACCCCCGCCACUGCCCUAGGCACUGUCCUCGAGUGGCUUGUGCCACCCAACCAGGGAAUGUACCCUAGACCUCACCUCCCACCUCAGAGGGAAAUGUUGGCCUGCUCAAGAAGACCCAACACAAUCAAAAGUCAUUGUAGGCUCUCAUCUGUGUCCCUUGAAGAGGAUUGCUACUGUCAUUUUCACUUAUGGUGCAGGUGGGGCAGAGUGCCACCCAAAAUACACUCUAUGUCUCUAAGCAAAGCACUGUCUGUCUCCUCCUUCUCUCCACUGUGGUGUGUUAAGGGAAGGCAUGAGGGGAGGCUGAAGUGUCCUUCCCAUCUAGAGAAGGAACUUUAAUCCACUCUUAAGCUGGGUCAGCUUUCCAAACAACUCCUCCCGGCCCACCCUGGACUGUGGAUAAAGGGGCUUGAGCAAAGAAGGAAGGUAAGGUAAAUAAAGGUCAGGCUUGAAUUCUAUCAUGGCUUCCCAUUGGUGUCUUUAGGCCCAGAGGAGCAAUGUGGACAUGAGGAUAGUAGUGAUGAGGAGGAUUGGCCAGGAAUCCCACAGGUAGAAUCACUCAUGGCUUCCAUAG